UCGCAACGUCACGGGGAAGGGUCGCCAUUUUGACCGAACAACCCUAGUGACAGGAGCCGGAGCAGCAGCGCAGCUUAUCCCCCGUUUCCCCUCCCCCUUCCCUUCACCGGUGGACUUCCCGGGCCCUUUACACUCCAGGUCCCGGUCCCGCCAUGUCCCAGAAACAGGAAGAGGAGAACCCUUCGGAGGAGACCGGCGAGGAGAAGCAGGACACGCAGGAGAAGGAAGGUAUUCUCCCUGAAAGAGCCGAGGAGGCAAAGUUAAAGGCCAAAUAUCCAAGCCUAGGACAAAAGCCUGGAGGCUCUGACUUCCUCAUGAAGAGACUCCAGAAAGGGCAAAAGUACUUUGACUCAGGAGACUACAACAUGGCCAAAGCCAAGAUGAAGAAUAAGCAGCUGCCUAGUGCAGGACCAGACAAGAACCUGGUGACUGGUGACCACAUCCCCACCCCACAGGAUCUGCCCCAGAGAAAGUCCUCGCUCGUCACCAGCAAGCUUGCGGGUGGCCAAGUUGAAUGAUGCUGCCCGGGGCUCCCGCCAGAUCCUGAGACGCUGCCCCCCUGGGUCCUGUGCUGGCUCCUGCCCCUCCCUGCUUUUGCAGCCAGGGGUCAGGAGGUGGCUCGGGCGCGGGCUGGAGAGGCAGAAGCCCCUGCCCGUCGGUGUCCCAGCGCAUGGAGCCCCUUGGGCUGAGCACCAAGACCUUGAACCUAUUUUAUUUUACCUUUUUUCCCAAACAACUGUUGGGAGAAAUCUCAAUGAAAUUUUGGGGGUUGGGUUGAGAGGGUGGGUAGGGUUUGGGGGGUUUGAGGGCAUAUGAAUUAGGGCUUGGAGUUGAUAAAAACAUUCCUAUCUUCCUUCUUAAACAUAUGGCUGGUAUGGGGAGAGUGUCAGCAGGAGGAAGUGGAGUGGACUAAAGAUGAGGAGUUCUAACUCAGCACUGUAGAAAAAGCCAUGUUUGCGUGGAUGUGGCUGGGGACCUGGUAGCAUGUGAAUAAAACUGUCCAUGUAAAUAUGACAGAUGCAAACAGCUCCUCUGGUUCUGCAGAGCAAACUGAGAAUCUGUUAAUUGUUCAUAAAAACGUGCUGUCCUCUUAAACUAGAUUUGUUGUGGGGAGGGCAGUGAGUAUGGGGAAAGGGGGCCAUGAGCGUGGGGAGCCCCACAGAGCCCAGGAGGGUUUUUUUUUUUCAGUUAUUUAAAAAAAAAAAAAAAAAAAAACGACCCAUAAAAAA